AUGGGGGACAAGUUUGGCGAUCGUCCGCUGCACGAGGCCUCCGAACAACCACACCAUGUCCCAGCUGAAACACAGUUCAGGAUGUCCGCAGGAUAUUGGGAAGGCGAUGGUUAUCGAUAUCAACGGAGAGAACGCCAGUGCCAGUACACAAAUCGCCAUGAUUCUCGCCUCAGCCGGAGCGCGCUGGAGGUGUCUGACAAGAAAGAACGAGAUCCGGUGGAGCUCUGCUCGACCCACGCUCCGAACGUGCUGAAGAAAUGUCAUCGUUUGACCACUUGCCCAGGCGGCAGGUGGACACACCCUCUGCCGCAUAGCCGUGCGCUCAUAUAUGCCUCUCCCAGACGGCGCGCUCUCCACGUGUCUAGUGUGUGAGACUGUGUCGCCGUCGUGGCUCUGUUGCCGUGUCGUCUCACGAUGCAACCUGCGAGAAAUGUCAAGUGUCCCGCAACUGGCCAUCUGUCGCCAGCCGUCUCCCAUAGCACUAGGAUCGAGGACAAUGUGUGGUAUGUUCUAAAGCGGAAGCCUCACGUCCGUCUUCAAGCCCUGUCUCCACAUGGUGGCGUGUGACAGCUGCUCGUCCAUCAUGACGAAAUGUGUCAAGUGUCGCACUGCCAUCGAGACCGCCGUACCUCUCUCUCCUUG